AUGGUCAUGGAAUAUACUUCAACAUCAGAUAUACUUCGAAGGUUAAACCAGUUUACCAAGCAAUAUGACGAUAUCAACGAUGGACAACCAGUUCUUUUGUAUAAAGACUUUGAUCGGUUUUUCCAUACCGUUCUGACUGAAGUCCAUCACAAAAUGGCAAACUCGCCAAACGCAGAAAUUGACAGUUCUGUUAUUGCAGAACUCAGUGCAUUUUCCCCUCUCGAUGUCUCGAAGCUUAUUUUCUCCGUUAUCGAUGUUGAGAGCAAAGGGUAUUUAACCGGAUCCGACUUUGGUAAAGUCGCCGAAUCGAUGAACACCGUUCUAAAUAAAGAAUCUAAGGAUGCCAGUUCCACUUUAUUUCAUUUACUUGCAGAAGCUGUUGACGGAAGAAAAUCAAUGAAUAAUCUAAAAACAGCCAAGAUUGAAUUGGAUCCGAGUGAUGUUAUUAGAGUUUUCCAAAAGUUGGAUUUUAUAGAUAUGGAUAGUGACUCCUCGUCGGAUCUUGAAGCGAUAGAAAACUUUUUCAAGUCUACAAAAAUUAGGUUGUUGGAUGAAACGGCAUUCGAACAUAUGCUCGAUGCUCUUCCGGGGGAGAAACUGAAAUUACUGGUUUCACGUAUUUAUGAUAAUUCUGAUCCGGGAAAAUCCAACUUAGAAAAUGCAACCAUUCCGACAUCCAUACUCCCUGAGAUUGUUCAAUUGAUAUAUCACAAUAAUAUUCCCUUGAAUGUGGUCAGGCAGCUUGAAGCGAUUUCUUAUGAUACCUUUGGUGUUAGGAUGAGCUACCUGGAGACAUGUUCUAUGCUUCAGCUCUUAAAUGACCUUCCAACUUUAAAUAGGCUUAUUAAGUCUGAGAUAUUUUCACAAACCCUUGCAUCGAUUACACAACAGGAUUUUUAUAAAUAUGCAAAUGAGUAUUCCCGCCGCCCUGUGACCCUAAACGAGAUCAGGCUUUACUUCAAGUGGAAUUCGGUUUUACUCCGAGAGCAGGAACAGAUAUCUGCUAUCAACACUGCCGAUUUGAUGGCCAUCCUUACAGACGAUAUGGUGAGCUCAUCUGAAUCAUCGGAUCCAUCAUUCAGCUUGUAUCCAUUCAUCUCUUCUGUGUAUUCGUUUGUUCUAGGAUCUGUUGCGGGAGCUAUUGGUGCAACCAUUGUUUAUCCAAUUGAUAUGCUGAAGACUAGAAUGCAAAACCAGAGAGGAAGAGGAAUAUAUAAAUCUUAUGGUGAUUGUUUCCAGAAACUUUUGAAGAACGAGGGUCCCAGAGGUAUAUAUUCUGGUUUAUUGCCUCAGAUUAUUGGUGUUGCUCCAGAAAAGGCAAUAAAGUUGACUGUCAACGACGCCAUUAGACGAAUUGGCCGUCGCCAUUCUCCAAAUGGUGAGAUUACCAUGCCAUGGGAAAUUUUAGCUGGAUCGUGUGCCGGUGCCUGUCAGGUUAUUUUUACCAAUCCGCUAGAAAUUACAAAGAUCCGUCUCCAAGUUCAGGGCGAGUAUAUUUCGGAUGCUUUGAAACAUGGUAAGCGUAUUAUACCCAAAUCUGCUUUUGAUAUAGUGUGCCAGCUUGGUCUAAGAGGUCUAUACAAAGGUGCACUAGCUUGUCUGAUGCGUGAUGUUCCAUUCAGUGCUAUAUAUUUCCCCACCUAUGCAAAUCUAAAGAAGCGCAUGUUUGGCUGGGACCCAGUUGAUCCAACAAUGAAGAAAAACUUAAAGUCGUGGGAACUUUUGACUGCGGGUGCGUUGGCAGGAGUUCCGGCUGCUUAUUUAACUACACCAUGCGAUGUUGUUAAGACGCGACUUCAGGUUGAAACAACAUCCGAUAAAAAGGCUUACAAUGGUAUUUCAAAUGCAUUUAGCAGUAUUUGGAAGCAGGAAGGAUUCAAGGCUUUCUUCAAAGGAGGAUUGGCUCGAGUUUGUCGUUCUGCUCCUCAAUUUGGAUUUACCUUAGCGACAUAUGAAAUUUUCCAAAGAAUGGUCCCACUAGAAAGAUUUUACCCGGACCCUCGGAGUUCCAAAGGUCGUUUGUGUGGCUCAAAGCCUCUCCAACCUUUGUCAGAUACGGCCAGACAAAUUAUUCCACGAUCAUCCUUUUUCAGCAUGAAGUUACCAAAGGGGAAGGAUGAAGAUAAAUAA